AGAGUACAAACUGCUUCUUUGAUAUCACAGCUGAAACUUUCCAUUAUUCACAGCUUUAACAGGAGCUGGUCAGGAUGAAAAAGGAGAAUAAUGUAGAAGCGAAUGUGAUGAUACAUGAAAAGGCCUACAGCAAAAAAAUGAGAUACAAAUUAAUGAAGAGACAAACAAAAAAUGGAAUUUCUCCAUGGCAGAAAAUUGAGAAUAGAAAGAAUGGCGUCCACAGUCUUCAGGAAAGAAAUGAAAGCCCUCCAACAUUAAUCCAUCCAGAAACUUCAAAACUCCUACCACUGUCAACUGAAGAUGGUGCUGAGGAUUUCAAUAUCGAGUUGACACAUUUUAAUGACCUUGUCAGGUCCAACCCAACAACCUGUUCUGAAUACAUGCCUUAUUAUAGAACUGAUACCAAUCUUGUGGAAAGCCCUUCCUGCCUAAACUCCGAAGUGAACCAGAACAGCCCAGAAGGAGAAGAUAGAGUUCAAAGCAAUUGCUGUGUUUUUAAGUUAAAACACAAAGAAGAGUUCACAAAUGAAAGAGAGCUCGACACUGAAUAUUUCCCAUAUUAUCGAACAUAUGAAGAAUAUUUGACCAGCUCAAAUCCCUCUGAAGAAAUUAAAAGUAGAGAGCAGAAUGAAGAGGCUACCACUAACAGUGAUGAAAAAAUAAGGAGUGAAGCUGUCUCUAAUGCUGAGACUGAAUAUGCUAAUACAGACUUUCAGGAAAGCAGUAUAGCAAAUGAAGAUACUGGCCAAUGUCUUGAGAAUUUUGAUUUCACUGAAACCCUUUUAUCCACUAAUUCCACAAUAGAUUCUGGUGAUUCUGAGAAUUUUCUCUUAGAAGAAAUAUUAAGCCGGAAUCAAUUACCUUCCUCUUCCAAUGGCUAUUUUCCAUACUAUCGGACAUAUGGUAAAUUAAUUGUUACUUCAAAACACUUAAUUAACUUCAGCCCUAGUGGCAAUACACUGGGAUAGUUUGAGAUGAAAAGGGAAGAUAUUAGAAAGGGAAGCAAAUCCAUCUGUCCAGUGUGUUGACUCCAGUGAGACAGAAGUCACGGGCAUUGUUUUAAAGAAGUUUGCCUUAUUACAGCCUAAUUAUAAUUAAUACUUAAAUCUUCAUUUAUGAAAUUGUUAUAGAAUCUCAGGGGAUGUUUUUUAAAGAACUUAGAUAUAUGAGUUUUAUUUGCAGUUUUAUUUAUUUAUAUUAAUUUUUGCAGUGGACGGACAACAGUGAAAAUGAAAAAAAAAAAGCUCUUUCUUUAUCAGAGGCUAAAGAAGGCAAAAAAUCAGUUAACAAGGGAGAGAGGUUUGUUGUCCUGAUUGGACAUGUUCUCAGAUAAGGAUGAUUUUUUUUUUAAUUGUUAAAAAUAAUAUGAGAUUCCAGACUGAAAGAUUCCUUUCCUCUAUAUACACUCCAUCCAUGGAAAGGUAACAUGUUUUUUUAAAUAAUAAUAAUAAUAAUAAUAGAGUUCAAAUGUAAAAGAUGGAAAGUGAGAUGCUGUAGAUGAAAGUGAAUGUGCAAUACAUAAUUCAGCAGCAACUGAUUUUAUUUUUGUAUCUUAAUCUAUUUAAUUUCAUAUAUCAUCAAUUCCACCAGAAAUGGUCCCUGAAAGCCUACCCUUCUCUGUAAGCCCAAUUCCACCAAAUAAAAAGGAAACCAAAAA